CCGGGGCGGGGCCGGGGGAGAGGCGGCCCGUCCCGAUCUCAGUGCUGAACCGGAGCCCUCCGGCAGUAUGAGAAAAUAUUUAACCAGGCACAUUAAGUGUUCGGGGUGUUCCUAGUUAGAAUUUUACGUUUGCUUUUUAUUAAAGUGUAUUGGUUUAUCUCUAAUUGGCAGUCUUAGAAAGGUUCAUUUUGUAGUUCUUCCUGUGUUAAAUAUUUCGUGGUCUGUAAACGGACACUAAACGAAAUGCUACUUGAAGAGACGUUGUGAUUAUUUAAUAAGUUGAAGCCAUUUCUGCACCAGAGGUGCCUCGAAUCCCCGGCCACACUGAGCACUUCAUAGAGGAGGGUAGGCACGCCAGCGUAGGAAACAGCCUUACCUAUCCUUUGCCCAGAAAUAAGUCUAGUUUUGUCCUUGUUGGGGCUGGUCUUAGGGAUGAAGUGAGAUUGCCAACAAGAAGAUGAAAUGUGGCAACUGUGGUGAGAUUUCGGACAAGUGGCAGUACAUCCGGCUGAUGGACAGUGUGGCACUGAAGGGGGGCCGUGGCAGUGCUUCCAUGGUCCAGAAGUGCAAGCUGUGUGCAAGAGAAAAUUCCAUCGAGAUUUUAAGCAGCACCAUCAAGCCUUACAAUGCUGAAGACAAUGAGAACUUCAAGACAAUAGUGGAGUUUGAGUGCCGGGGCCUUGAACCAGUUGAUUUCCAGCCCCAGGCUGGGUUUGCUGCUGAAGGUGUGGAGUCAGGGACAGCCUUCAGUGACAUUAAUCUGCAGGAGAAGGACUGGACUGACUAUGAUGAAAAGGCCCAGGAGUCUGUGGGAAUCUAUGAGGUCACCCACCAGUUUGUGAAGUGCUGAUCCCUCUUCCUUCCCAGUUGCCCUUAAGAACUGAGAAAGGACAAAGUACUCUAAGCAGCAGAGCCCACAGAGGCUGGUUCCUUUGAUCCUUGUCUCCUGGUGGCUAUACGAAACCUUCACAAUCUGCAUGCUGGACUUUAUUACAGUUUCCCAAGCCCCAUCAAUAAAGCCCCUGUUCAUGCUGCACUGGUGCAUGAAGGUGAAGUAAGGAGGCAGCUACUCCCUCCACAAAUCGUGCAGCAGCAGUUCACUCCUUAGGAAAAUGAAGAGUAUUUUUAAGGAGAUGGUAUCUCCCCAGUCAAGGGCAAGUUUACAGAGAUGAAACCGCGAUCCCACCAUCACUCAAUGAGCCAGAAGCCAAUGGUGACGUACUGUUACCUGAACUUACUGAACUUGCUGUUGGAAAGAUGUUUGUGAGGAUUAGGAAUUAGGUUAAAAGAAAUUAAGAACCAUCUUCAAGCAAAAAUUAAACUUUAUUUCUGCUUAAACAAUAAAUAUACCUGAGUUAGUUUUCCAAA